UCUGUUGACAAGCAAUAAAAUGUAAAGUAUUCACAACUAACCUCAAAAAACUGUUAAAUGGUUAGCGAUAAAAUCAAAGAAAAACACCGCCAUGUGAAACACCGCUCAAAAUAAUCGAAUCAAACGCGAAGCUGUCGCCACCCAAACCAAAAAUGAAAUCCAAGGUCCAAUUAAUCUCUCAAAUCAAAAAAGAGCACAAAAAGACACACAUGCAUAUACCGAUGAUCUUCAUCGUAGUUUCGACUUUGGUGUUAUCUGUGCUGUCGCUCGCCGAUCUGGAAUGGGAAGAUAAGAUUUCGAUCAACAGGGGGUUCUCUCUUUUUUGUUAUGGACUUGUGUUUUUCACCGUGCUGUACCAUACCCUCAACAACUUGCUACUGCGGACCUCUUCUGGACAGAGGUUCAUCAAAACGUACAAGCUUUCGGUUGGGGACGUCUAUGACAUCAGCAACAAGAUCGUCUCGGCCAUCCAGGCCCUUUUUUGUUGCCUCACGGGGCUCACCUGUUGCACCUAUUCGUGCUUCAGGAACAUUCUGCGCACUUCCCACUACAUCUCGGAAGCUUACGCCUGGUUUGGAGCGGCGUAUUUCCUCUACGACAUCUGGUCCAUGUACAAGGUGCACAGUAUGAAGAUCCUCCAAGCCACCGUAAACGGAGACGCGAAAAAAUCGGGAGUCAAGUUUUUGAAUUACCUGAAGACGCACGCGGUGAUCGUGGGGCACCACAUCUUCAUCGGGGCUUUCGGAUUUUUAGUCAUAACGUAUUUGAGAGGCGGUCUCGGGGAUUGCUUUUUCGGAUUUGUGUACCUGAUGGAGGCCAGCACUCCGUUCGUUUCGUUGCGGGGCAUCUUGUCGAAGAUAGGACUGAAAUCGUCGAACUUGUACGUCGUCAAUGGACUCGUGAUGUUGGCGGUGUUUUUUAUAUGUAGGGUAGCUAUGUUCCCUGGUGUGAUAUAUUUGUACAGCCAAAGCGUCGACUUGGAUUACUUUUCUGCGAUCCAGUCGUUACCGCGGGGGUGCAAAAUCAGCAUCCUCAUCCUCCUCCUACCCCAGAUUUACUGGUUUUUUCUGAUGGUGAAGGGAGCGUCCCAAGUAUUAAAACGCAAAGUGACCAAAAAGAAGACUUCAAAGAACGUACAUUGAUAGUUUCGAGCACAGAGACUUCAAUAUAACCUGCCAAAACAGAGCUUACCGCCUAUUCGUGACCAGAACGAAUUAACUGUGGAAAACGAGCUAUUUUUCGAAAAGUUGUUUAACAUUGUCACGUCAAUGUCGUUAUUAACUGUGAUUGUUGAGUUUUCUUUAGUUCGAUUUAUUUAUUUGAAUGGGUUCCUGAGUGUACAGAUUUGUAAUUUAUUUUAUCGAGUAUUAAGAGUAUCGCACUUACUUUUGUGCCGAGCACAAAUUUGUUGAAGCAUUUUUGUAACUUAUUGGAUGACUGUUUUGUAAAUUGAAUGUAAAAUAUAUGUAUGAGGAAAUAAAUAAAACACGUAUUUUA